AGCUAGAGGAAAAUUUUCUCAACCUGAACUCUCACCCCUCAUGACCAAACUACUGCUUGCACAUGAAAAGCCUAAAACAUGGUUUUGGUUCAAUUCUUUAAUAUAUUGAGAUUUUAUUUAUUUUCAAGCACCCUUUCUUCUUCCAUUGCUUCUAACACGCAAAACGAAACUUCAGUUAAAUUAGGCAAGAUUAGGGUCAAGGAGUGCCUCGCCCUCUCUCAAAGAAUUCCCUUUUCUUCCUUUCUGAACACUAGUCUAAUAACAUUAGUUCUUGGCGUGGGAAACUUUUAAAGCAAUAAAUUGAUUUUGGACUUUGAACAAAAGUUUCAUGCAUAAUACAUGCGAAAACUUUCCCUAGUAAAUAUAAUUAAGGAUAAGCCCAUGUUAGGUUAUGAUAAUCUAACUAUGAUCAGGUUAGAACACUUAAUUAAAUUUAUGUAAUGAUAAUUAUGGAGUGAUCUUUUGAUGAAUACUAGUGAAUAGUAUAUAACUUUUACUUUGACUCAGUGCAAAUAUGUCAAAAGCUUGUAGCAUCUUUCCUAGUCUGUUCAAAUUUGGAUUCUCCUUUUUAUCUGUCUGUACUUUCAAAUGGUCAAGCUGCCAAGUGUGUUAGAGAUUUAGUAUUUCUUUUAAAUUUUAAGUUUAAGUUUUUUGCUUUUUUUUGCUGUUGUUUUUUCAUAUUUAAGUAUACCUUGAAUGUGUAGAUGCAUAUGUGGGGGCAUGGAUCUCAGUAUAGGAAAGGGCCAGAAUCUCUAAGAGGUACACAGCCAACAGCAAUGCUUAGGCUCCCUUGUUAUUGCUGUGCACCGGGGUGCAGAAACAACAUUGAUCAUCCAAGAGCAAAGCCGCUCAAGGAUUUUAGAACGCUUCAAACUCAUUACAAGAGAAAGCAUGGAAUCAAGCCUUUCAUGUGCAGAAAAUGUGGCAAGGCAUUUGCUGUGAGAGGUGAUUGGAGAACUCAUGAGAAGAAUUGUGGCAAGCUUUGGUAUUGCACUUGUGGAUCUGAUUUCAAGCACAAAAGGUCCCUCAAAGAUCACAUCAAGUCAUUUGGGCAUGGCCAUUCAGCAAAUGGCAUUGAUUUCUUCGAAGAAGAUGAUGAGCCAGCCUCCGAAAUUGAGCAAGACAAUGAUUCCACUCAGCGAAACUAAAGGCUAAUAGCUGUUGGAAACAAGAUCAUGUUAAUUCUCAGUUGAUACCUCUUGUGUUUUCACACAAAACCAUUGCUCUUUAGAUCAGCAAGAAGCCUAUUUAAGCAUUAGAGUUACUUUAAAUCCCAUGCUCUCUCUUUUUUUUCUUUUUAUGUGUUUCUGCUACUCCCUUUCUCACUUUAGUAGCUGCUUAGUUUAGCAGACUCCUCAUUGAUCAAUGUUAGACUAAGUUUCUGCAACUUCAUCUCUCUCUAUAUGUGUGUGUGUGUGUGUGUGUGCAAGAAUUUUAAACGUAUGAAGCCUGUGUCACUAGAGGUACAUGAACUAGGUUGAAUAUAAUUUAUGUAGAACUUUAUAUUAGAGAAGGAAAAAGGCCAUUCCUUGGUAUC